GUCUACAUCAUCAGUAAGACCUUCGACAACCAACGGCUGAGAUUGGCCUUGGACCGUGCUGAGACACCCAUGCAGCGUUUGGAGCGGUUGAAGUGCGAUGGCCGUACGCCCUACCGGGGCACCGUGACCUCGGUGGCCUCCUUCGGUGUUUUUGUGGACAUCGGCUUUGAGCGCUCCGGCUUCCUGCCACAGCGCGAGCUGCCCUCGGAGGCGACGUUGCAGGCUGGAGAUGAGGUCACUGUCUAUGUCCCCAACAAGCACUGGCGUUCCGGGCGCUUCAACGUUUCCCUGCAGCCACUGCAGAAGCCGCAUUUGCCAAAGAGGCUUCUGCAGGUGGACGGGCUCACACCCUACCAGGGCAUUGUGCGGAGCUUGGCGCAGGGCGUUGCGGUCAUAGACUUUGGUUUUGACGUGUGUGGCACCUUGCAGGAUGUGGAUGACCUGGAGAUUGGCAGCGAGCUCACGGUCUAUGCGGUGCGACGUUUGCAUCGGAGCCGUCGGGUUUGGCUGUCGCGGCGGCCCUUGGUGCAGCCGCUGCUGACACUGAAGGAGGUGGUGGCAGAUGG